GGGCCUUCGGUCAGUCUUCAUUCUUGUCAACAGUAGGCCCCCACCCUGUGUGAUCUGAAUGUGAAACAUAUAGGGUUAAAGUCGCUAAAAGUGUUUUACUACUUGACCUUCAAUUAUGUCGGCUGGAAGGUCAAGCAAGAAAACAGAUUUUCCAAACUCCCACCACCGACCUAUUUCGCUCCAGUUGUUGUGGUUGGUUCCCUGUUUCAUAUUUUGUCUUUUGGCCCAAAAUUCGGAGGCCACGUGCAUGUACGAUAUUGGACCGACUCCGGUGUUUCGUUAUUCCGGAGGUCGGAUCCCGUCGCUAACGGCCCAGUUAUGUUACAAUGAGUGCAUGAAACAAGGCCUUACUCGUGAGAGUCAAGGAUCACUAUAUAUUGGCUUAAUGGCGGGCGAAUAUUGUCUCUGCGGUUUGGAAUUAGAUCCUCUCACCGUGGUUCCUUCAACUAGUUGUAACAUUACGUGUCCAGGAGAUGCAACCGAGAUGUGUGGGGGAUUAGACGGGUCAAUCACGUACUCGGACUUCCCGGCUUCUCCAGCCACAUCUAUCGAUGUUACAUUUGAGGUGGAUGGCAAUCCAAUCACAGAAACCUCCUGGAUUUCCACAAAUUUGAAACUGUCAAUGACAGCCAUUGUUGGUUCUUACGUCUGCUCCUCGUCCAAUUUGGAUUGUAACGACAACCUCAAUGUUCCACCUCUUGAGUUCUUGGUUGACUAUGGAGACGGAUCUGGCACGGCUCUAUGGACCCAAUACGAAAGACUGGACGUCUGGUCUCACGUUUAUACAACUGCUGGAAACUACACCAUCUUCGUUAUGGCUACCCACCAAUACGAUCGGAGCACUUUGACAUUUGAAAUGAACAUUGUCGUGUACGAAAUGAUCGACUCCUCCAAUGACAUUGUUGAAAUCGUUUGCCCGGAUGUGAUUCCCCCGGGAGAAUUCUUUCAUUGCCACAUGGACGUUCAGUAUGGGAGUCGUUUGUUGGCCACUGUCACCAUGGUCGAUGACUUAGACCCCACUCAAAUAGACACCACUGGGGUGAUGAAAGUUCCAGAAACCUGGUCACGUGUUCCAUCGUAUUCAUUGCGGAAUAGGUCAUUCAACCAAAGUGUGUUGUCCACCUCAGCCAGCCUAUCUUACAUUCUCAAAUCGUCGUAUUUUCAAAGCGUGGCCAAUAUUUCACAAAUUGAAUACGUCGCAUUUUCUGAGGGGAGCUUUGCCGUUGAUAUUGUGAGUCCCGUUUGCGAAACAGGAAAAACUUGGUGCCCCUUAACUAAAGGCUGUCAAACCACGUGCGUGACAGAUUUUAGCACGCAAAUCGCGUUUGAUGCCAACUAUGAUUGUCAAUCAGGCCCAUUUUGCUCACUUGAGCAGACUUGCCAAGUGGAUCUCACGUGUCCAGACUUUACCGAGUCUCCAGCUGAGCCCAUUUCCUACAAGGUCGAAGAGACAAUCCCUUUAAGCGUCCCACUUAGUUCUGUGGGACAAAAGUUCGUGGUCCGAAUGCCCAAGACAUUGAAUCAAGUCGGUGAUCCAGAUGUUCCAGAUGCUUUUAUCGGGCUGAAAAAUCAUCAGGAGAUUCCGUGGACGGGAGGCCACUUCCUUGCCCUUCGAUGCCAAUCCACGGCGUGCAUUCAGUUUCCUAUCAUUCCCCUUAUGGAUGACUCGAAGUAUGAUGUGGCAGCCACAUUGGUGGAAGAUUCUUACAUCGUCAAUGCUUCAAGCUCUUUGGGUGGGACCGUGGCUCUUCGGGUCCAUCUGCGAGAGGAUCGGAUUCUUCCCUUGGAAAAACGUUUCUUUUGCGAUAGAGCCACUGAAAAAACUGUUCAUCUUCAGAUUGACGACCAGUUCGGGAAGCAGAUCAAUACCACAACCAGCAAGGUCAGUUGUCAAUACCCGAUCUUGACCAUCAACGACUUAUCCGAAAACCACACAAGUAAUAUCAAAGAGAAUGGUUGGGAGGUGACCAAGCCAUUCCCGACCACUGACGAGAUUGACAAUCUGGGAAUGGCCAAAACUUACGAAGCUUCCGUUUGGGCUCGUCAAAACGAGGAACUGACCUUUCACAUCCGGUUUGGAGCUGGAAGCCACGUGAAAGUGGAUUGGAAGAUACUAUUUCCCAUCGACACCACCGAGCAAAACGAAUGCCUGACCUUAGCUAAGACGACCCCGGCCUUUCCUGAUCCAGCUGACCCGAAUAGGCCUGGUACGGUGGUUUUCGAACCCACUGGAGGCACAGCUUGCUUGUUUCCAUUCCGUUUUCGGAACGUCUUGUAUUAUGGCUGUACCAAUGUCUCUCUGGACGCUGAGGUGUUCAAUGUCUGUGCCACGGAUAUCGACACAGAUUAUAACGCGGUCAAAUUGAGCUGGUGUAAUGCAGCGUGUCCAACGCAGCUGCCUCGACCGACGGAGGUGGAAAACACGAAUGUAACACAGAAAGUGAACAAUGCCACCCAAACUGAAGGAGGAACCACCUUCUCCGCUCAAUAUAUCCUACCCACCGAGACCGAGUUGGAACUGAAGCGAACAUUCACGGUACCUGGAGUGGAUUAUCGAGUGGUUAUGAUUGCCUCUAACAUGCACAAUGAAGAUGAUAUGGCGAACAUGACAUGGGUGGUUUCCUGUGCCAAUCCCGUGGUCUCUGAAGAUUGGACUGUGACUCAUGAGCCUUUUAUCUAUAUGAAUGAGCCGUUCAACAUUAGUCUGACUAUCAAACCAGGGGUCAGUCUACCUACUAGGCCCCAAUUCCGAAUCGUUGAAGUGACUGGACAACAGAGUAUUGACAGCGAACUGGUCAUUAACAACGCUUCAGAUGUGGAAUUCUUUUUGGAUCGCUCAAAUUUAUCGGUCCCCAACUGCGCUAGUGGCGACAACAGAUGUAAAAAGCUCAUUAACUUUGUGGAC